AUGGGUGGCAAAGCCUUCACAAACCACAAUCCUCCUCUGCAGACACCGCGGAUGCCAGGCGAAGUCUACCAUGAAGUCAAGAGACGCGUGGAACACCGACUCUCCAAGAUCUUCACCGUCGUUCGCUUCCCCAUCGAGGGACCAGCAAAGCAGGACUUUGGCGACGUUGACGUCUUCGUGACGGGUCCCAGAUUCCAGAGUCAAGGAGACGAGUACACCAGAAGAGAGUACCUUGACCACAUCGGCGCUAUUCUCGGAGCUGCAGCCGUUAUUCAAGAUGCAGGAGUUCAGGAACCGUCUGCUCACUUUGCUGUUCCCUGGCCUCGCGACCUCGAACACCUUUGCGACUCGCCUAUCCCUCAAGAGCCGACGUACGCUCGUCGUCUUCACAUCCAAGUCGACGUCCAAGUUUUCGACUCGUCAAGCCGGUUGCACUACAUGCUCUUCCAUCACGCCCAUGGAGACAUAUGGCAACUCCUGGGAAACGUGAUCAAGCCCUACGGUCUAACCGUAGACGACAAGGGACUCUGGCUGCGAAUCCCGGAGAUCGAGGACGCCGACAGGAAGAGGUCAAAGGUCUGGCUCACCGGGGAGCCCGACGCGAUCCUCAACUUUCUUGGCCUGCCGUACACCCGGUAUUGGGCAGGUCCCUUUGGGGACCUGUACCAGAUGUACGAGUAUGUGGCCAACUGCGUCAUGUUCUGGGUUCCCCCCGCCGACGAGACCGAGUCGGCUCUCCGCGCCAACGACCGGCGACGGAUGAAGCAGCGUCCCGCCUACCGAAAGUGGGUGGAGGAGUUCAAGCCUCUUUGCCGAGCCCAGGGCCGGUUCUCCGAAGAGCCCAUGACCCGCGACCAAGUUCGCGGUCGUGCCUUUGCGAGGUUCAAUGUACGCCAGACGUACAUGACCGAGCGCCGGGCCUUCUUGGUCGAAGACCAGAAGCGCCACAUCCUCAAGACCAUCAUCGAGAGGAUUGUUCCGCUGCCAGCGGAGGGGGCCGCAAAGGAGGACUUCCUGUACAGGACAGUCCUGGUCAGGGCUCUGAAGGAGAUCGUCCUCGAGUGGAACCGGGGGUUAUAUAGUAUUAUGGCCCCUGGGAACCUUCGGGAUGACGAAGGUUUCUACCAUCUUGGUAGAACCGAGUCAUUCGUCCUUGAGUACAAGGACAGGAUCGGCAAGGAGGCCAUGGACCUCCACAACCGGAGGAUGAAGGAGAAGAGGGCACAUGAGCAGCCAAACCGGGUUUAG